AUGGCCGACCCUACCUGGGUUGCGGCCUGGAGCUCCGGCGACACGGCCAGCAGCUGUCGUAUCAAGCAGCUGCCUCUCGAGGUCCUUAUCCGCAUCUCCAACGACCUCAUGACCACGGACCUCUGCUCCUUUCGCCUCACCUGCCGCGCCAUCGAGCAGCUCCUCUACGUCACCUUCACCAACGAGUUCUUCACUCGCAAACAGUUCAUGAUUGCAGACAUCAGCCUGCAGGCCCUCAUCGACAUCUCAAAAAGCAGGUUAGGCCCGCACCUGCGCCAUCUGCACAUCGGCCUGGACCGCUUCCCCGACAACUUCCAGCGCCCGCUGCCCGACGACGACAAGGAACGCAAGUUCAGGCAGCGCUAUGCCGACCACUUCAGUCUCUGGAACACGGGCUGCCACCGCGACAUGCUGGUCGAGGCCUUCAAGCACCUCCCCAACCUAGAGAGCGUCGUUAUCCGCGACUACAAUUCUCGCAAGCGCACCAGAGAGGGCGCCCGCGCCGAGUGGUCCAGCUACGGUGCGCCGACUAUUUUUGACGAGACAGGCAUCCGCCUCAGUCAGGCGACAAUCGCUGGCUGGAACUCCAACACCAACUUCCAGUUUAGCAGCCAGGUGUUUGCUCUGGUCACGCACGCCCUAGGCGUUGCCAACAUCACCAGCCUCAAGGGCAUCGAGGUCAUGGCCAAAAACGGCAACCAGCUUCGCGACUUUGCCUUCAACAUCCCCAAAUUCAGCGCGCCCACCAUCUUGCCUGUCCUGCACAGGCUCGAGAGGCUGCACCUCUCCAUUAAUCUUGGCUGGAGGGCGCAGAGCGCUCCGUGGACCCAGGUCGCCGCGACGGCACCCGACACCAUGCUCCGCCAGUUCCUUUGCCAGUGCACGAAUCUCAAGGACCUGCGCAUCAACGAGUGCCACGAUUCACCCACCGCCAUGACGGACCUGCUCACAUGGCUUGCCGGGGACCCAAAUGCCACGCCCAAUGGAUCCAAGGGCGGCGAUGGCAGGGCUGCCAUGCCGGCGCCGCCGCCUGCGUUGGACAAGCUGGAGGACCUCAGCCUCGGCUGGAUGAGCGUCCCCGUCGCGCCACUGAUCAAGAUCCUGCGCAAGCUUGCUCCGUCGCUGCGCGGGCUGGAGCUGUGGAAGAUGACGCUGGUGAUGCCGCUGCCGCCGGGAAGCGACCCAAGCGAUCCUCCCAGAGUCAUGUUUUGGACCGACUUUAUGAACCAGCUACGGCAGAUUUCGGGGCUGGACCUCCGCCACAUCAAACUCGGGGCGCUGAAGCAGGCGUACCUGCACCGGCCGGAGCACCACGUGUCGUUCAAGAACCGUGGCGUAGAGGCGCAGUACACGGGGCGGCACUGGAAGGACUUUGUGGACGAGGUGACGCCGCUGCUGGACAUUAAGUGGCCUCGCAGGCUCACUCCGGAGAGCGAGCACUCGGACGACGGCGACGACGAUGACGAUCUCGCGGAUGAGCUGUCGGCUUUGGAAGAUGCUACAGGCGAAUCGGAGGAACUCGACGGUAUGGACUUGGCGGCGCUGAUGGAAGAUUUUGCACCAGGGACGAUACCACCCGCGGCGGAGUUGCUGAUCCAGGAACUCAUGGCACAGGCAGAGGAGGAGCAUGAAGCGUUUAUGGGGCAGCAGGGCGCCUACGGCUUUGGGAACCCAUGGGACUAUUGA